AUGGACGACAUGCCCGAUCUGUCGCACCUGACGCAGGAGGAACGGGCCAUCAUCGAGGGUGUGAUGAUGCGCCAGAAGCAAGAAGAGGAACGGGAGAAUGAAAUAAUGCGACGCAAACAGGACGAGGUAGCCACACUCGUCGACUCGAUCCGACAGAAGUCGGAACAACAGAAGAAGGCAGGCGUGGAGCUAGAGGCCACGUGUCAUAUCUGCCUCAAGACAAAGUUUGCGGACGGUAUUGGGCACAUUUGUCACUACUGCAACAUUCGCUGCUGUGCCAAAUGCGGUGGCAAAGUAACACUACGCAACAACAAGGUCAUAUGGGUAUGCAUAGUGUGUAGGAAAAAGCAGGAACUUCUGUCAAAGACGGGACAAUGGAUGAACAAAAGCACCAGUCCCGACGGGGUGAUACGAAGGCAGGAGGGUGAUCCGAGGACACUACCCCAAACCAUGCUCGACCCACUCGAUCCCUCCGACAAGCGGCCCAAGCUGGAGCGAGCACGUAGCGCAGCGGAGAAGGAAAACAAUCCGAUGCAACGGGCGAACAGCCAGUUACGCCGGCAGUACAGCCAACAGGAUCCACCCACCCGCCGGCUGUCGCAGUCGGAUGGUAGCGGGAUGGACAUGAUGAUGUCGCCCGGACAUCAGCAGAUGGGCCGGAUGCAACAGAUGGGCCACGGGCAGGUAGGCAUGUACGGUGGCCGACCCGGGGGCCAGCAGGGUGUUGGGUACGGUGGCACCUACGGACAGCAUUCGCAGCUGCCUCAGCCACCAAUGCAGCACGGCGGAGGAUCGUACGGAGGUCAACAUUCAAUGGCACCCCAGGUCCACAUAACGCAUGCAGGCGGUGGCGGUUCGAUGGGUGGUUAUGGUCACGAUGAUCCAAGCUACUAUCAGAGUGAAAUUGAAGAUCUUAUGCGUACCCAUCCACAUUUGGUGCACCCGAGACAGCAGCAGCACUACGCCGAAUCGCUCCAAUCCAGCUCGAGCCACGGUACCAGCGGUCUGGGUGGUGGGGUAGGUGUCGGUGGGGUUCAUCUUCCACCCGAGCCUACCAAAUCCCACAAGCGACCGCUCGGUGGUCCGUACCUGCCCCAGCAACGGUCCUUCAGCAGCUCCGAUGAGGACAUUCGUUCCACGCCGGAGUUUGAAGCCGGUCACCAAAGACAGUAUUUCGAUAAUCACACACGACUGAACGCAAACCUUACCGACUAUCGUGCAACAAAGCUGGACGUGCAGCAACGCAACAGUUACAAUCGUACCAAUCACAACCGAUAUCAAUCACCGUCCCAGUCGACGCAGCAUCCAUCCCAUCCCUAUCACUACCAGCAGUCGCAGGAUCCGCACGGCCGGGAGUACCAUCAGCAGCAGCCACUGCCGCAGGUGGUGGUUGGCGAUAGCACUAUUGCAUCCACGGCCUACGACAGUAUUAACCACCAUCACCAGCCCCAUCAGCAUCAUCAAUCGCACCAUCAUCCAUCGGGUACGGCGGGACCUAGCCCGGCCACCACCAUACCGCAGGGCCUUCACGGCGGUAGCAGUGGGAGCAGCAGUAGCAGCCAGCACCAUCCGUACCAGCAGCACCAUCACCAACCGCAUCAUCAGCAGUGUAACAGUAGCAGCAGCGGUGGUUCCAGCCACAGUACCACGGGGCAUCAUCCGGUGGCGCAGAAUUCGCACACACGUUACGGCACGAGCCCGGCCGCGACCGAGCAGCCGGAUCCGUACUGGGACGAACCGGCCGACAGUCGGCGGUUUACCGAGCGCAGAAAGAAGACGGUCCGGUUCGAUGGGCAGGACUCGGACGAUUGGUCCCGGUGGGAAUCGGAACGGCAGGGCAGCCAGGAUUCGGCCACCAAAGAUUCCGGCAUUGACACGAGUAGCACGUUUACCAGUAGCGAAGACUCGAACCGUGGCGAUGGCCCAAAGAAUCCGGUAAGCUGGCAAGUAGUGUCAUCGUCGGAUGGGGGCCGUAUGGUCGGCCGCAUGGUGCAGCGCAGACAGUUUGACGGCGAAGACGUACUAGGGCUGAAGGUACGCGGUGGCCAGGUGCUACCGAGCGAUACCCGCGCAGCGCUCAUCGAGCUGGAAAGUGCUCACAUUCGGCCAGAAAAUUACGAUCGACGCGAUAAACCGAGCGUGCUGGUAACCUCGCCAGGAUCGCCCGAUUUGCACAGCGUGCGUAACUACUCCAGCUCCCGGUACAGCAACCGGCUCGCACCGGCCGGGACGGUAUCGCAGGAGAAUAGCGUUGGCGGCCGUGUACAGAUAAAGCUCGGGUUCGAACCGAGCUCGCUACAGCUGAUCGUUACCAUCCUUUGCGCGAAUGGUCUCGUCCCGCGCGGAAACGGUGCGGCACGCAACCCGUACGUUAAGAUCUGUCUGCUGCCGGAUCGCAGUGAAAAAUCGAAACGACGCACCAAAACGUUAGCCCUCACGAACGAUCCCCGCUGGGGUCAAACGUUCGUGUACGAAGGCUUAAGAAGGGCCGACCUAAACAACCGUCUAUUUGAGGUGACGGUGUGGGAUUACGUCCGGUACGGUGCGAACGAUUUUCUUGGCGAAGUCAUCAUCGAUCUGUCUACGCACCCGCUGGACGAUGAGGCGGAAUGGUACAUUCUACAACCGCACCAGGACACACUGCGAGAUACUUUGCGUAGAGACGAUAAAGAACCUGGCAACGAAUUGGAUAUGAUAUUGACCCCGACCGAUCAUUUAUCGCCGCCGAGUACGACCUCACGAUUGAGUGACUCUGAUACGACAUCCGAAUGCGAUAUAGAUGGUUUGAUGACCGGACGUGACGGCGCUAGUGUAUCAUCCUUAGGCAGCUCAUCUAGUCCUCCGCCAGAGGUCGAUCUGCAGGACAGACGAUCUAGAAGGGAUAUGUCCCCGCAAGGCAGGAAACGAGCAGCUGGCAUGGUAGCGAAGGACUAUCGCACAGUUUCUGGUGUUGGACAGGGAUUUCACAACCAGAUGAGUGCAGAGGCAUCGUCGGCGUACAGGCGCAACGGUACGAUGGCGUUGAAUCAGCGAAGCCAAUCGGCGGCACCGAGCGACAACUAUCGGGACGAUCGGCGGGACUCGUUAUCGCCACAAGAUGAUAGAUAUACAGAAUAUCCAGUUCUUCCAUUGCAUCAGUAUGCGCCAAGAUUUCAAUCACGAUCAGCGACAGCGACACCAACCGGUUCACCGAAGAAACGACAAUUACCACAAGUACCUCACAUGUCACGGAAUGCAGCAAUACGGGAGCGGUUCAUUCAGGACUUUGAGGAGCGCAGCGGUGGUCGAUUCGCGCGGCAUCGGGGCCGCCAGAGCCACCAUCAGCCGACCUACCGUAGCACUGGGAUGGGAGGCUGGGAACGACACUACUCCGGACUAUCCGACAGUGACUUGACGACGCAUUCGUUAGAGAGUAGAAUUAGGCCAAGACACUCGCUAUCUCCGGAUAAGGAUUUUAUGGGUGACUUUGGUGAUUCCGACAUGGAAUCGGUAGUUAGUGUUACUUCAAGUGCUUUCUCAACCCAAUCGGAGCGACCGCGUGGAUCGAAAGGGAUCAGGACACAUCAAAAUCGCCGGCAGCAGCACCGAAGCCUACCGACAGGAUGGGCCACAACGUCACUGUGCGCGCUGCCGAGUGAGUACUCGUGCGGGCAGCCAAUGGGCGAUAAGGCGGGCAUCAUUCCGGUGCUGUCGGACGUAACGCAGCCCGCAAUCAUACCUCCCAAACCGGAGUUUGAACCGCAACCACCCGCUUGUAGUAUGGUUGGUCCUACCGUAGUUGGUAACGCUAGUGUCUGUAGUAGUUUUGCUACUGGAUCCCCUUUACCCUUAGGCGUUCCGAUCGAACCGGUACUGUCCGAUCCCAUACCGAUCUCUCCUGCACCACCCGAUAAGACUGUGUCGGGGAUGGGCGUUAAUUAUGGUCCAAUGCCUGUCAGCCACGGACGGUCCAUGCCGGAUGGGUACUUUAACGAGCAGUGCAUAUCACUGCAGCCGGAGUGUAGUACCAUUCAGAGUUUUUCUAUGAACCCUGUCAACGAUACCAUUAAGAAUAGCUCAGUUAAUCUCACUUCGUCUCACCAGGGUAGCCAACUGAACGCUACUUCUUUUGAGUUCCAAUCUGGGUCACUACCAACUGAGCAUUAUUUUGGUCGUGCUAGAGCACCUCCAGCUGGUGGUGUAUCGAUGGAUCCUAUUAUGACAUCCUCAAUGCACGCUGGCGAUGGAAGUGCAGGUGCCGAUGAUUACGAACAGUGCGCACCGCCAAUGGGUCGGCGUCCAUCGUACGCAAUGCGCUCUAAUACGUCGGAACCGAAUCUGAAUUCGAUGAUUAUGCGGCGACUUUCUAACCGAUCCGUGGAUCAGCAGCAUGCGUUUGGCUAUCCGCAACCGCGCAAUCAGAUGAUAUCCAUCUCGAACCGUUAUCAUCCGCAAUCGCAUGUAACGGUUGGUAUAGGAGGUGGCGAUCCCGGAGUAAAAUAUCCUCCACCGCCGGUAGCAACCAAUCAGAUCAUUUUGAAGUCAUCCUAUUCCGAUCAAAAUCUGCAUAAUAGUAUUGUGUACGAACCGGGUGGCAUGGGAGGAUGUGGUGGGCAAAAUAUUUGCAUCUCCAACAAGAAUGUGUACGACCCGAACACUGGCUAUCAGAAUCAAACGAUCACUUGCAUUAGCAACAGCAGGGAAAAUUUGGGUGAAAGCAAUAUCAGGUACACCAGCAAUCCGGAAGGAACGGUGUGCGAGAUCAGUGCACCGGAUGUACAGUUCCGUAGUUCGCGUACAUCCAACAUAUUCGAAGAUGUUGCAUUGCCAUUGGAGCAAGGAAGAGCUCCCCAUACAGAGCCACUGGCUGUGAGUCUUCCCGUCGAGUUGAACGACAGACAUGAGUACGGCGUAAGCAAUCUGGAGCUAAAUCCCGAGCGAAUUCCGGGCAAACCGAUCGAAGUGCUUAAAUCGCCAAGUGAGUAUCACUAUUCCGUCUAUCCAAAAAAACCGUGUGAAGAUGCAUACAUCGUUAGUAGUGUCGUCCACGGUAAGCCGGAAAAAAUCUCACGCUCCCAUUCGCUGAUAGCUCAGGAUCAGAUAAUAGACAUAGAGUAUGAUUCCGAUACGGGAUGGAAGACAAAAAGUGUGCGGAAGAAUGUGUUUGCGAGUAGUUUUGAGGAGAAGGUUUACAGAAAACGUACCCGUUCGCUGGGCGGUGGGAAUAGUGAGGAGGAGACCCAGGAACGGCGGAAUAGUCGGGGGGAUACGAAGAAGGUUGCUCCAGUGCAGGGUAGAAAAAGCAGAAGUAAUUCCAAGAGCAGUCUAGACCGCAGUAAUUUAACGUUGAAUAUAGUGAAAAAUGUUGAUGAAGACACUUCGUCCACCAAGAAAUCCGACCCAGACAAAACAAGAAUGGUAUCGAAGUCGAUUACAGCUAAACCAGUUGAGAAAGCUAAAUCGGCUGCCGUUGAAGCUAAGAAAGCAAAAGAAACGAGUAAACCGAGCAAAACAAACACUGUGCCAAAAUCCUCGACGAUGGUAAAGUCGAAAUCGACCACAGGUUCGGGUACACCGAAAAAGGGCACGAAAAGUCCGGCCAAGACAGGAGCUGGUGGGGGUUCGGUAAAGAAAGCAGGAUCUCUGAAGGGAAAACAGUCAAAAACUGGAUCGUCGGGUUCGGUGGCCAGUGGGUCAAAAGCAAAGGUUACAGAGAAGCCCAAUUUCAAGGAGAUAGACACGAAAACAUCCAAGUCCAAACUGGGUGGCAAGAAAUCGGACAGCAAAGGUCGUGUGGAUGAGAUCAAGUCCGAAUCGACCGUGCUGUACAGUAGUUCCGAAUCGAUCAAAUCCAUUAUUGACGAGGUCCGUAUGGAACUGCUGCAGAAGCCCAAAUCCACGGUUUACUUGAGUGACGAAAGCCCAACCGUACUGAACCGUAGCCAUUCAUUUAGUGACGGUGAGCUGAACUACACCAAACGCAUCCAGGAUUGUUACGACAAGUAUGAGUUUGACGACGGCCGUAAGCAUUACCUGCUGAAGGACGAUCGUUUGAAGCAACGGCUCACCGAUCGGUACGGUCGCGAAAGGGCCGUAGGGUAUGAAAGGACCGACGCCGACAGGCGCCGGGGUGAUGGUGAAUACGAGCGUAAAGGUCGUCGAAUGGUACCGGAUGGCGAGGAAGAUGAUCCGUGCCGACGGCCGGAAAUAUUUUCCAAGUGUAAGUCCCGCAGCUCCAGCCUUGUGUCGAACGACGGAGGUGAGAUUAAGCUUAGGCGUAAGGUGUACCACAGCGAUGAUAGCGCGGAAGACGAUGACGAUUACAAUGGGGAGGAGGAAGAGGGCGAUGAUGAGGUGUUUGAAAGUUCGUUCUCCCGGGGCAGGAACUCGUCGUUCAAUGGGAAAUCAUCGCUGAAGCGCAGGGCAAGGUACGACACAAGGCGCACGAGCAGCCUUGAGGGUUUGGACCAGUUUCUGGCCAACUUGCAGGAUCGGAAUGGUGGUCGCGAGCGGGCGUACAGGGGUAGCAAGAGUGACAGUGUCCGGCAUAGCUCCGUCAGCAUUAACGAAAAGCCCGAGUACUUUGAGUACACCAAGUCACCCUCCUCUCCGUAUUGCACCAGUGCUGGCAGUAGUGGCCGUACCGCUAGUAGUAGAAAAACCGCUAACUAUGCUUCAACUCUUUCCUCCAACAAAUCCUCCAACGGCAUUGCGUUGCUGCAAACCGAACCGAAACGGCCCUCGAUGAAAAAAUCCACCAACUCGUCGGCGGUGGGCGAUGAUGUUGGUCGUGGCAAUGCUGGGACACGCUCCCGUUCGCACGAUCGUCACUCGAACCGUUGCGGAUCACCGUCUACUUCGGUCGGGCCGGGCGAUCAUUCACAACGGCGCACGCGCACAUCUCGCAGUGACUACGAUGUGCGGGGCCGCAGUCGCUACGGUGGCCACAACGGUGGACGGGAUGCUUACCGGCAGCGUGAUCGUGAGCGAGACCGCGAUCGGAACAGCAGCGAUCAGGAGCGGGACCGAGAUCUGAGCGAUCGUGAGCAGCGGGAAUCGCGGGAGCGCGGUGAACUGGACCAAAGUCUUUCGAAUACCGAGGGAACACCGGAGGAUAAGAUAGACGGUAGCCUAAGUGAUACAGCAGUGAUACAGAGCUUGGAUGCACGACGUAAGUUGGACCAACGUUCGCCGAAAAGCGAAACACCCACUAGGGACCGGGACCGGUUCGGUACCGGUAUGGGUAUCAAGAGUAACUCAACAUCGCAACUGUCGGCAACAGAUGAAAAAGGUCGUAAGCGACGCAUGGGGUUUGGUAAGCGUGGUAAAAAUUCCUUCACCGUACAUCGAAGCGAGGAGGUGCUUCCGGGCGAGGUGCGUGGCGGCGGUCUAUCGCGAGGCUCGUCCGCCUCCAGCGAUGGUGAAGGAAGUGCCGACGGUGACAGAUGGUCACCGUCGCUACGAGUAGCGGGUGAUACGGGACCUUUAUCGGACUUCAUCGAUGGUUUGGGACCAGGACAGCUUGUUGGACGCCAGGUACUGGGUGCUCCGGCCUUAGGUGAUAUUCAACUGUCUAUGUGCUAUCAGAAGGGUUCCUUAGAGGUUGAAGUGAUAAGAGCAAGGGGAUUGCAGGCACGUCCUGGCUCAAAAGUACUUCCAGCGCCUUACGUUAAAGUGUAUUUAGUUUCCGGUAAAAAAUGUAUAGAAAAAGCAAAAACAACGACUGCUAGGAAAACGUUAGACCCACUAUAUCAGCAACAACUAGUGUUUAGGGAGCCGUUUGCGGGCUGCAUACUGCAAGUCACCGUUUGGGGCGAUUAUGGUCGCAUGGAGGGCAAGAAAGUAUUCAUGGGUGUAGCUCAGAUAAUGCUGGACAACCUCAACCUCUCACACAUAGUCAUCGGCUGGUACAAACUGUUCGGAACCACGUCACUGGUCAGUGGGCCACCUAGCUUGGGCCUGUCUAGACGAUCCUCGAUCGCCUCACUCGAUUCACUCAAGCUGUAA